AUGGACUUAUCUCACAUGUCACAUCGCGCUCGGCGUGCUUUCCUUAAGAAACUAAAAAGAAAGCGUAAACGUCAAGAACUAGCUAAAGAGAAUGAAAGGAAAGAGAUUGAAGAGCUAAAUCGUCUCCAACUUUCUCCAUCAUAUCAAGCACAACAGGCUAAAGAGUUGGAGUUAGCUGAACUUGAGGCUAAAGAACGUGAGCGUAAUGAACAAAUUUGGCAAGAACGUGAACAAGAUGCACAACGUAAGUUUGAGGAGAACAAUCGUCAAAAAAUGCUCUUAAAGCAACUCGAAGAGGAGGCUCAGAGAAAAAUAAAAACAGAAUGGGAAAAUAAACAACUAGAAUCGAAGAAAAUCAUUUGUGAAUCGAAAUCAAAGGUUUUCUAUGGAGUUCUUAUGGUUAUCAUUAUUUUUAUUCACACAAGAAUAUGA